AUGACCCGGUGGAAGGGGGAUGUGUCGAAGCGGCCAGGUGACGAGCGGAAGAUAGGAAACUUGCAGCGGCCCGUGUUGCAGCACUUCACCAACGCCCGCCUGGAGCAUGCCUAUCGACUCUAUGUCGGCUCAAUUCAGUUCGGCAUCGACCUGGGGAUGUCGAGACUCAUGGUGGCUUACGAGCUCGUGGUAACGUACAAGGUUCUGAAGGAGGAUCAUGCGCUCAGCUGGAUGACCGCGCUCAUGGUGUGCAACUUCGCUGCCCUGGUGGCCGUUCUCAUGCUGCCCUCAUGGCGGCCGUCCGUGUGGCAAGAGGGCAGGAACACCAUCCUCCCACCUGUGCUCCUGUCGCACACCGUCGCACUACACAUAUUCCUGCGCGUGCGCAUCCCACGCCCCCUCUGCAGCGGCACCGACGUGCUCGUGGUGCAGUCGAUGGUUUUCCAGCGCUGCCUCGUGAGCAGGCACGUCCCCACCCAGGCCCUCGGGUACGGCAUCCUGGCGCUGUACACCUGGCAGCGCGGGCACUCAGAGACGGUCGGCGUCCUCCUGCUGCACACCCUGAUUGGCCUGCUCCUCCCCUGCAUCAUCGCCUGGCAGUCGGAGUACAAGGCGCGGUACAAUUUCUUACUGGAGGUGGCCGGCAGCCGCCCCGGCAGGCUGCCGGCGCCGACCACCCUGGACCGGCUGGGCACCGCCUGGCUGCUCCCCGUGUUCCUGCUGCAGGCCCUGCAUGGGCCCAUGUUCAUCUGCCAUUCCAUGCUGAAGACGGGUUACUCAUGGUGGGCCAUCUACCUCCUCAUGCUGGCCUGGUCUGGGACCAUCAUCGUGUACGACUACUACAUCUUCGUCCUGACAUGA